UUGUUACACUUACAUGACUGCUUUAACCUCAAAAACGACAUACCCAUAACAAUAAAUUAAAGAUACAGCUCAGGGAUUAUGAAGCAGAGAAGAAUACAAAUGAUAUUUUAAUCAAAUUAGAUUUUCCAGAGUACUACUCAGUGACUUAAAGUAAAUGAGAUCAACAGACCCAGAUGACAUUCAUCCUCAGCUGUCAUCACCACAACCACCACCAGUCAUGGAAAACACACACACACACACACACGUGCGCGCACACACGUGCACACACACAUACACACACAGAGCACCCUGUCUCCCUAAUUUCAGGGGAAACAGUUUCAGUGUGUUUGUGUGUGGUUCCCAUGGAGUUGUGUCACAUGCCCACUCUGCACAUGGUUUAAAUACCUCUGCACGUUGACAGGUCAUCCACCAGCAAAUGCAACAAGAGCACAGAGAGCUGUAGGAUUUGAUGUCGUUCAUGGUAAAACAGCUUAAAAUUAAAAAAGCCAAAUCAAGGGGACUACAAGGUAAGAAAAGGCCCGAGUUCAGACGAUCGAUGAUGGAGGGAAGCUCUUCAAAUGGAACCUUUCAGUUCAAUUUGAAGAUCAACCACUUUGACAUGCCCCCCGUGGCGAAGUACUCCAUGUUCUUCCUGGGGCUCCUGAUCUACCUCUUUUCCGUCUUCUGCAACCUGACCAUUCUGGUUCUGAUCGUGAGGCAGAGGAACCUCCACAAGCCCAUGUUCAUCAUCCUCUUCAGCCUGCCGCUGAACGACCUGAUGGGGAUCACGGUCAUGCUCCCCAGGGUGCUGGCAGACAUCGUGACCCUGGAGCACUCCGUCUACUACCCCACCUGCGUCCUCCAGGCCUUCCUGCUGCACAUGUACGGGGGGGGCAUCCUGUUCCUCCUCGCGGUCAUGGCGCUCGACAGGUACGCCGCCAUCUGCAAGCCGCUGAGGUACAAUUCGAUCAUGACCCCGUUCACUUUGUUCCUCCUCAUAGCGAGCGCGUGGGGGCUCGAUCUCAUUCUGGUGGGAGGCCUGUUCAUUCUGCAAGUCAGACUGCCCAGGUGCAGGAAUUUCAUCAGGAACGUCUUCUGCGACAACCCCUCCCUGGUCAACCUCUCCUGUGACAGCGACUUGACUGUCAACAACAUCUACGGGCUGGCGAUCACAGCAGCCAUGCAGAUCAUCAGUGUGUCCAUUCAGUUAUUCUCGUACAUUCAUAUUUUAGUCACUUGCUUGCAUCAUCGGCAGACUGACGCCAGGAGCAAGGCUCUGAACACCUGCCUGACGCAGAUAGCUGUGUUUCUGCUCUUCGAGUGCGCCACAACAGUCACGAUUCUGUCGUAUCGCUUCAAGGAUGUCUCCGCCAACCUGCAGAAAGUUUCAGGAAUGCUAAUUUUCCUGAUCCUUCCAGUGUGUAACCCAGUACUGUAUGGAAUAAAGAAUAAAGAAUUAAGGGAAACAUUACUGACCAUUGUGAGAAAGCAAAAGGUCGCCUCCAUAUAAUUAUGCUAUUAGCUGACAAAAAAUCGCGAGAGAGAGCAACAAAGUCGUCAAGCCUGCAGUGGCUGCCUAGUGGUUUGUUGUUGGGGGGUCUAUAGGGGUGGGGUCUAUGGGGGAUUCCUAUCAACACAUAUAAUCCAAACAGCAUGUACAACCCCUUCAUACUGUACAACCACCUAUUGAGCAAUCAGAAAUGAUAACCUUGGCAGCUCAGUACUCCCAAUUACUAUCAAUUAAUCAUUGUGUGUGUACUUGCCAAUAAUUUAGUAAAUGAAUUUUUGCCUGGAUCAGAACAUAAUUUCUAAAGUGGCAUAUUUUAUCUCUUUAUCUAAUUGUAUCCCUUUAUCUAAUAAUAAAUCCAUUUUCCAUCUCUGUUUUUGGGGCUUUUCUUAAACAAUAGAAUGAUAUAACCAUAUAUUUACACAACCCACAAAAAUCCGUU